UUCUUUCCUUUCCUUUCCUUCGUGGCAUUUGGGGAAGAUGCCACAAUAAUGCCUUGUUGUCCAAUUUCAUCACCCAUACAUAACCCAUAUUAAAACCCCAAUUCCCUUCUCUCACUUACAAUCUAUUUUUAUCAUUCCCCUCUGCUUCUCUCAUCUUGGAACUCCUUGUUGGAGCCACCUUCGUUUCCCUCUAUUCGAAUCUCAUCUAUUUGUGAACAAGUAGUGCUGGAGCCACCGUUGCUGCGCUUACUCCAUCAGUUGGGGGGCGAAUUUUCUCUCUCCUCUUCUCUCGGGUUUGGUCUUGUGUUGCUAUUUUCUUUUUCCUCUGUUCUGUCCGUCAAAUUCAAGCAGUAUACACUCAUUUUUUGGUCUUUGUUCCUUCAUCAAAGUUGUAGAUCUCUUCGAGUUAUUGAAUUUAGGCUCAAAAAUUUCUUCAAUCGGAGUUCGGAGCUAGGAGUUAUGAUCUGUGGAAGUUGUAGUUGUUGCUGCCACUGUUGCAGCGUUUUUUCUCUCUCCUCUUCUUCGUGGAUGCUGCUGCCACGAGUUUGGUUGGUGUUCCGAGCCUUCGUGCUACUGCAUGUCGGUGAUGGUGUUGCAUAUGCCGGUAAUUGUCUGAUUUCAUUUGCCAUCAAUUUUAAUAUAGUUCUGAAAUUGCGUUCUUGAUUUUUAUUCUUUUGAUAUAUAAGAGAAGCAAAUGUAAAUUAUGUUCACUUAAGAUUGGAAGCUAUACCAUCCUUUGUUUUUAUCUCUUCUAAUUGUGAACAAGUUUAAGUAUGUUGAGUUUAUAAUUUAGUCUCGUUAGUUUCAUACUUUGAAAACAACAAUUUGAAUAUCAGUUGGUAAAUUAGUUUUGUCAAAUAUAUUUAAUUCUUAAUCUUGUUACGAAAAUCAGAGAUGAUAAAAGUUUGUUCAACUUAAAGAUUAAAUUUUUCCUAUUUAUUUAAUGGGUUGGAUUGAGGUUUAUGAUUUGUAUUUAUAUUUCUUAAGUUAGUUUAUGAAAUCAAAUUUCAAUAAGCCAUGUUGUUUGAUAGUAUCCUCUGUGAAGUAGGAUGAGGUUAAUUGGAGUUAGAGAUUGAUAUAGUGAAGUGGAUUAGUAGAAUGGUUUGUAAAUAAGGAGUUGUGGGUAGUUCAUGAAAGAGGUUAGAAGGUAUGAGAAAGUUAAUUUCUUUAUCUAAUUGAUAGUAAGGAUCUUAAUUGUUGUUCAUAUUGUUGUGAGGUGAUUGUUGGAGAUUUAUAAAGAAUUUGGAAAUGUUGGACUCUUCAAGAUUAUUAUGGAAUUGAGCGUUCUUUGGGGGGAUGAAAAAGAGUUCAUUGUUAGUGAUCUUGCAGGUUCGUAUAUGGAAAGCUUGGAAUGGAGUAAAAGGAAGAAUUUAGGUAUCAAGGUUAUAAUUAGAUGUAAUGGUUCAGAGGUUGUAUUUAGGAUUAUUUAUCCUUUUUUGUGAAUAAAUUAUUAUAUUGCUUUGGAAGUCGAGCAAAGUAUUAUGUAAUAUGUUAUUUGGUUCUUAAGGAUGACUGUUGUGGGCCCUGACCCACAGGUCCAGGAUCGUUUAUAGGUUAUUUUUCCGCUGUAAGUGAAGAUAAUUCGAGGUUAAUAAACGUUAAUUGUAAUUAGCGUAUCUUAAGUGUGGUUAGCUAGCAGCUCGAAAGUGCGGGCUGUUACAAUAGCUAAAAGACAACUUUUGCAUAGCAUUAAAUUUUUAUCCGUUGGAAUAGAGUGCCGUUAAGACCCAAGUAUUUAACGACUCUUUAACACUCCCUGAGACUUCACUUUACUCUCUGCCUUCUCGCGAACUUUCUCUCUCAGGUAAAUUCCUCUUUCUUCUCUCUUUCGUUUUCCAAAGUUCUUUCGACCUUUUUCUCUUUCUUUCUCCCUGAUGGGUAAAGCAAUCAAGGAUGUUUCCUCCUCUGUCACUGCACAAGAGAUUGACGAGCUUAAGAGACUGGGGAAUUUCCCUGAAGGCGCUCAGAUCAUCGUUCCUUCUCAGACAUGCAGACCUGAAUCUUGCCCUGAGGACUACAUCUGCUAUUACGAGCAUCCUUUUCUUUUGGGCUACAAUUACAACUUUUCCCCACUCACUAGGUCUUUUAUGGAGGUUCUCCACCUUUCUCCUGGCCAGCUGAUGCCAGCCCUGUGGAAAACUUGCUCGGUUUUAGAAACCCUUACCAAUACAUGGCACCACCCCUUUUCUCUAAACGAACUCCUAACAGCUUACAGUGUUAGGAAAUCAGCCAAGGGUUUCAUAACUCUUAGGGCUAAAGCACCUUACCCCCCGCUGAUAGAUGGCACAAUUGCCUCUGACUAUAUCUGGAAAACCAGAUACUUUUUCGUUGUGAAAGACUCAAUAGGCGAAGCUGGGAACUCUCUAGUUGGGGGUUGGUUUAAUCAAGGUCUUGGUCCCAUAAUUUUCCAGAAACCUGAACAAGCCGAAAGAUUAGCAGAUCUAUUCAAUUUACCUAUUGAGGAGCGCACCUACGUGGCCCCAGCUGAGAUUAUUCCGCUAGAGUCAAAGAUCUUUUCUCGUACAAACUCCAUGUCUUCAGCUCAAGCUAAAUCCAGCACCCUUUCUGAUGAGGAUGCUAUGGACAGACUGAAAAACAGAAAAAGGUCAGCAGCUUCUUCUGGCCACUCUUAAGCUGAGAAACCUCCCCGCAAGCAGCUACGCUCAGCUACGACUCCUACCGUUAUUGAUAUUACGGCCAAAUCUCCCAAGGAAGAUGAAUUAUUGUAAGCUUACCUACCGACUUUCUGGCUGAGGAAGGUUUGGAAGGUGGCAUCUGGCCUUCAGCUGAAAAGCUUCUUUUCCCAGCUGCACAAAAGAGGCUCAAAGGACAAGAUCCAGAAGUAACUCUAAACCAUGUUGUCCAGCUAUCGUUGCAGCUUACCCAGAAUUGUCUAGCUGCCAGGGAAAGCUUACGAACUAUGGCUUCCCUUCAAGACAAGGUGGCUCGUCUGCAAAAGGACAACCUGAGUCACCAGACUAAGCUGGAGAAAGAGAAGCAGGCCAGGUUGGAUGCUGAAAACAAGCUAGCUGCUGAGUUAAAGCUGAUUGAGAAGGAGAGAUUAGAGAAGGAUGAAAAAUUAGCUACAGCUGAAAAGGAGAUUGAACGUCUGACUACAGCUGCCAAGGAUGCUGAGGAGAGGGCCUUAGACAUUCAAGCUGAAGCCAAAAUCAUAGAGACUGCCAAGCUGGCAUACCUGAUACGUUUUAAAAACCUGGACGACAAAGGCAUUAACUACUACAUCGACAGGUAUCUCAAGCUGGACUCUAUGGCUACAGGUGGCAAGGCAAAUGACUUUGAGCAAUCCACAGCUGAGUCUCCGACUAAAAUUGGCCAGCAGGAAGAUGUUGCACCAGGUGACAAGGAUAAGGUAACAGGUGAUGAUGCUAGUGUAGUCUCUUGAUUUCUCAGCUUCUUAGCAAUUCAACUUAGUACAAUUUAAUUUCAUCUUUUCGUUGGUUUUUUACCGUUGUCUAUGGGGGCAACGUGUUUAUGUACGAACAUAUUUCUUCUUUGAUCGUGUGAUUUAUGUUUUACCUUUUGAAA